CCCUCUCCCCUCCUUCUCCCAACCCCCGCCACAACCCGCGCGUGCUGUCAAAUGGUACCUGCCCCUACCUACCUUACCUCACCUAUAAGGUAACCUUCCACCUUCCCUGACCUUCCUCAGCAACCGGAAGGGACCCCUCUCUUUCCUGCCCCCUCCCUCAACCCAAUUGUUGCUCGACCCAGAAACGCUAUUUAUUCUGCGCUCUUACCGCCUUGACUCUGCCGUCUGACUGCAAUCCAAACGAAACAACAGCAUCAUCGCCAGAUAAAAAGUCGUCGCGAGCGUCGUCUUACGUUUUUAAGAGAAACAGAAUAUCCUACCCUGGUCACCUUUCCGAAGUAGCUCUCAUAAGCUAGAACAAGCCGGACUCCACUCCUCCGAAGCUCCCUACCCAAAAGCGAAAUACUCCACAGAGAAACAUCACGCCCAACUACUACAACUACUGCAAACAAUACAGCGGCCAGUAUUCACAUUGUCAAGCCGCGCACCAGCUCCGCGAAAUCGAACGCAACGAUCGAACGCAACGAUCGAACGACACGAGAACUACAUUUGAUCGGCCGACGGCGAACCUGUGCCUCCGCAAACGCCAUACAUUAACAUAGACACCGAAGCCCCUCCUCCCACAUCAACCAUGGCGGCCUUCGUCACCAACCUCUGGGAGUCAAUCUUCACCCCAGGCCCAACACCGACUCUCCUCCGCGCGACCAACGCAACCUUUGCCGCCCUCCAGCUCCUCCUCGGCGUCCUCCUCCUCGCCACCUGGAGCAUCCACUUCGUCAUCCUCUCCUUCCUCAGCGCGGGCCUCUGGUACGCUAUCAACUGGUUCGUCGUCGAGCUGGCCGAACACGCAGAGAAAGAGGCCAAGAAACCGCGUGGUACCGAUACAUCCGCUGGCGGAGCAGCAGGAGGCAGCGCGGCAGGGGCCAAUACCCAAGGAACGGAUGAUAGCGACACCGAAGUUGAGGGCGGCGCCGUUGUCGGCGGCGUAAGGAGUGGCGCUCGCGGGAGAAAGGGCGUCGUGGGCGGUAGCAGCCAGGUCGAGACAGCCGCGGAGCAGCAGCAAGCGGCCGACUUGAAGCGUCGCACCGCCGUUUCCGCCACACCCGAGUCCGGGGCUGAAGAUGCCACUAACGGGGGCACGCAGUCGAGUGUGAGCACCGAGGAUGAGUGGGAAAAGGUUUCAGAGAACGAGAACGAGAAGGACAAGUGAAUGAGCGUCGGGGCGCGAUGACAACGUACGGAACACACAUGACGACGACGACACGCUUAACCAACACCACUCGUCGAGCGAUGCACACCACUCGAAUAUUUUACCACCAUGGAGGAGGAGGAGAACGAAGGGGUAACGGAAAGUUGUAUGGAGAGACAGAUGUUCGGGACGCAUCCGCGCAACGAGAAAUUUGAGAUACCCGUGAGCAAGCGUCGAUACAUGCGCUACCACUGUCCGAACCGGACUUGUACAUAGGGCUUUGGCAGCAUGCUCCAUGGUGGGCAGCUCCACGUACACAUACUUACGAAGACAGCGAUUGGCACC